GUGACGAUGUUUUCCCUUCCGUGGCUACCGGCCAUCACUCUUUUAUGCUCGACUACUACACUCGUUCACGGACUCAAGUACGACGCCUCCGAGGCAGAAUAUAAUCUUAAUGCGAACACGACGGCAACGAAUCCCCUCGACUACUGGAUAGAACCACGAACCGACCAUGACUACCACAAAUCCCCCGACAAUUGGAGGUUUCCCUUCUAUACCGUGUUUAUGGAUCGUUUUGUCAACGGCGAUCCAACCAACGACAAUGCCAACGACACGCUUUUCGAGACGGAUAUGAUGGCCACGCAGAUUCGCAAUGGUGGUGACCUGCAGGGCUUGGUGGACUCGCUGGACUAUAUCGCCGGCAUGGGCAUCAAGGGAAUCUAUCUUGCUGGAUCUCCUUUCAUCAACCAGCCAUGGGGCGCAGACGCAUAUUCGCCGCUCGAUCUGACUAUGCUCGAUAAACACUUUGGCAAUGUGACAAUGUGGCAGAAUACUGUGGACGAGAUCCAUGAUCGGGGCAUGUAUGUCAUUCUCGACAACACGAUGGCCACCCUCGGCGACUUGAUUGGCUUCGAGGGUUACCUGAAUACCAGUGCGCCCUUCUCUGUCAAGGAACACAAGGUCGAGUGGAAGACGUCCAGACAGUACCUCGAUUUCGAUUUCGGCAACACGUACAACGAGUCGUGCGAUUAUCCUACAUUCUGGUAUGAGACUGGCGAGCUGGUUGACUUCAACAGCUCGGACGAGCUCGUGGGUUGCUACAACAGCGACUUCGACCAGUAUGGCGACAUUGAGGCCUUUGGUGUGUACCCCGACUGGGAGCGCCAGCUCUCCAAGUUCGCCUCCGUCCAGGACCGUCUGCGUGAGUGGUAUGCGCCCGUACGCGAGCGCCUCGAGCGCUUCUCCUGCAUGACGAUCGCUGCGCUCGAUAUCGAUGGUUUCCGGGUCGACAAGGCUAUGCAGGUGACAGUCGAUGCGCAGGCCGCCUUCACCUCCUCGGUUCGCGAUUGUGCGAUCAAGUAUAACAAGACCAACUUCAUGGUGGUGGGCGAGAUCACAUCUGGCAACACCCUCGGAUCCAUCUGGGUCGGCCGCGGCCGCUCCCUCGAUAUGUGGGUGGACGAUGUGACCUCGGCCCAGACUCUGGACUGGAACGAGACGGACAGCGACAACUUCCUCCGUGAUCCGGGCAACAGCGCCCUGGAUGCUGGAGCGUUCCACUACUCUGUGUAUCGUUUCUUGACGCGCUUUCUCGGCCUGAGCGGAAACCUCGAGGCUGCCUACGAUCUGCCCACCGACUGGGUCGAGAUGUGGAACCAGAUGAUGCUGUCCAAUGAUUUUUACAACGCCAACACGGGCGAGUUUGAUCCUCGUCACCUGUACGGCGUGGCAAACCAGGAUGUCUUCCGCUGGCCUGGUAUUGAGCAAGGAACAAGGCGCAUGAUGCUGGGCUACAUGGUCACCACCUUACUGAUGCCCGGCAUUCCUCUCGUCUACUACGGAGAGGAGCAGGACCUGUACGUUGUCGACAGCACAGCUGACAACUACGUCUACGGCCGACAAGCCUUCUCGCCCUCCCAGGCCUGGAUGAGGCACGGUUGUUACACGCUGGGAAGCACCAUCUUUGUCGAUUGGCCAGCCGACAAGGCAAUGACAGGCUGUACAGACGCUUCGCAGGCGCUGGACCACCGGGAUCCUUCAGCCGCCAUCCGAAACACCAUGAAGUACAUGUUCUCCCUGCGAGACUCGUUUCCUGUUCUCGAGGGUGGCUGGCUCCUGGCCAAGCUAUCCAACCAGACCAGCUACACCCUGCUCAGCGGCAGCACAACAGCCACCGAGUUCGGCAUCUGGAGCGUUGUCCGCGCAUACAACACGCAGACCCAGACAGUAUCGUCCAACAGCACGACGCCCGUCUGGCUGGUCUUCCACAAUAACAACGUGACGACCGACUACACAUUUGACUGCAGCACAGAGGAGAAGGCCUUCCUCUCGCCCUUUGAUGCGGGCAAGUCUGUCAGGAACCUCAUGAACUCGAGCGAGUCCGUCUACACGCUUGAGGACUCUUCUGUCUCCAACACCAACUGGACAGGCACGGACGCCAACAUGGGCUGUUUCUCCAGCAUCACCAUGCAGCCGUACGAGUUCAAGGUAUUUGUUGUCAGCGACGAUUAUGUCGCCCCUGCGCCCAUGAUCACCAAGUUCUCGCCAGGCCACGACUUCCAGAUCGAUUCGUCCGUGAACUCGACAGGCGAGUUGGAGAUUGUGCUGGGCUUCUCGGUUGAGAUGGACUGCACCGCAGUCAGCUCUGCUAUCUAUGUCGAGUCGUACCUGGAUGGCUAUGGGGCCCAGAACCUGACCAGCUUGAGUUCAGCUACGUGUGGCGCCGUGAACGAGACAGAGGUCGGAGACUUUGUCGGCUACAUUCCUACGGCCUGGACCUGGACUGCGACCCUUUCUGGACUGCAGGACGGUGUGCACAGGCUCACUGUCGCCAACGCGUCUACGGCGGACGGUGUCGUAACCGACAGCAUCGACCACUUCCUCAUCCGACAGGGUCUGCCUACCAACCCCGUAGUCUGGCCGCAGAAGGGCAACUACUCGUCUGCGCUCUUGACCGUGAACGAUGACGAGAUUAUGACCGUCCACCACAGGGCUCCCGGCGCCCAGAAGUGGCGGUACAGCACCAACUGGGGCUCGAGCUGGAGCAGCUGGAACAACUACACGGGCGACACCCAGACCGUCACGACUCUCACCUGGUCCGGAACCUCGAAACAGGCUUGGGACGGCUACCACCUCAUGGUUCAGUACUGGAGCCGGCCCCUCGGGUCCUCGGCCUUCAUCCAGCAUGGCGACUACGGCGUCACCCACCAGCGCCACCAGCCCCAUAUCUUUAUGCAUGGCGACUUCAACGACUGGGGUUUCGACUCGGGCGUGCCCAACUCCAUGGCGCUCACGGACAACAACACAUGGGAAAUGCAUUUCAUGUACGAAUGGCCGGCCCAGGUGCAGGCCAACAUUUGGGGCAUGAACCCCGAUGGCCAGUCGGACCAGACCUUCCUGUAUGGCGAUAUCGACGGCGAUGGCAUCCUCGACAGGCUGGCGCCGAGCAGUCUGUCAACCAACGUGUUCAACAUGACAACGGCCCCGGCAUGGCCAUUCCUCUCGUACAAGAUCGUCAUCGACGAUGCGACCUGGUCCAUCAAGGCUGUGCCGACGGGCAGCGCGCCCCUGCAGGUCUGGCUCUUCUGGUUCCUGGCCAUCAUCCCCAUCAUCACCGCCGGCCUGGCAGGAUGGGUGUACAUCCGCGGCUUCUACCAGGUCAAGGUCAACAAGAAGGGCUUCAAGAGAAAGUCCAAGCUGUUCAUCUCGCUCGACGGCCUCCUGAAGCCCUCGGACGCAGACGAGAAGCGGGGGAAGCACAGCAUCGCCCUCCGAGCCCUCUCGCCGUCUUCGGCGUCCACGUCGCUGCCUGUGGUCAAGUCUGCAGGCGAGAGGAAGACCGUCCUGAUCGCCACCAUGGAAUACAAUAUCGAUGAUUGGAACAUCAGCAUCAAGAUCGGUGGUCUGGGUGUCAUGGCCAAGCUGAUGAGCACGGCCCUGGAACACGUCAACCUCAUCUGGGUGGUCCCCUGCGUGGGCGGCAUUGAGUACCCGAUGGACGAGCCCGCCGAGUCUAUGUUUGUCGAGAUCAUGGGCGAGUCCUACGAGGUCAACGUGCAGUACCACAAGGUCAAGAACAUCACCUACGUCCUCCUCGAUGCGCCCAUCUUCCGCCAGCAGACCAAGGCCGAGCCCUACAUUGCCAGGAUGGACGACAUUGAGAGUGGUAUCCUGUAUGCCGCCUGGAACAGCUGUAUCGCCGAGGCUAUGCGCCGGUUCCCCGUCGACAUCUACCACAUUAACGAUUACCACGGUGCCAUUGCCCCUCUGUACCUUUUGCCACAGGUCAUUCCCGUCUGUCUCUCACUCCAUAACGCCGAAUUCCAGGGUCUUUGGCCGAUGCGCACGCCUGAGGAGAGCAAGGAGGUCUGCGAGGUCUUCAACCUGCCGAACGAGGUCGUCAAGAAGUAUGUCCAGUACGGCUCCGUCUUCAACCUGCUCCAUGCCGGCGCCAGCUAUCUGCGCUAUCACCAGAGGGGCUUCGGCGCUGUAGGCGUGUCCAAGAAGUACGGUGACCGCUCGCUGGCCCGCUACCCCAUCUUCUGGAGUCUGAAGAACAUCGGCCAGCUUCCCAACCCCGACCCUUCGGACACAGCCGCAUGGGAGCCCGAGAAAGAUGCCACGAGCAGCAGCAAGGACGGCAUUGAAAUUGACGAGGCAUUUGAGGCCAGUCGUGCCGAUCUCCGUGUCAAGGCCCAGGAGUGGGCUGGUCUUGAGGUCGACCCGACGGCUGAGCUGUUUGUCUUUGUCGGCCGUUGGUCUCUCCAAAAGGGUGUCGACCUGAUUGCCGAUAUCUUCCCCAGCAUCCUGGAGAAAUACCCAAAGACACAACUUAUCUGCGUCGGUCCCGUCAUCGAUUUAUACGGCAAGUUUGCUGCCCUUAAGCUCGCUAAGCUGAUGGAAAAGUACCCCAGGAGGGUGUUCUCGAAGCCCGAGUUCACACAGCUUCCGCCCUAUAUCUUCAGCGGCGCCGAGUUCGCUCUGAUCCCGUCCCGUGAUGAGCCUUUUGGUCUCGUCGCCGUCGAGUUCGGAAGGAAAGGUGCGCUGGGUGUCGGCGCCAGGGUGGGCGGCCUUGGACAGAUGCCAGGCUGGUGGUAUACCGUAGAGUCGAUGACGCCUGCUCACUUGCUGGACCAGUUCAGGCAUUCGCUGAAGGAGGCGCUCGAGUCCAAGAAACAGGUGCGGGCGCUCAUGCGCGCGUGGUCCGCCAAGCAGCGGUUCCCCGUGAAGCAGUGGGUGCACCAGAUCGACAACCUCUACGACGAGUCGAUCCGCAUCUCGCACAAGGAGGCGACCAAGAAGAAGAAUCUGUUUGUGAGCAGGUCCAUGCUCUCGCUCAACACAUAUGCAAACGACUCCGGCACUGGGCCCGACACACCCGGUACUUCCAGGCCGUCCACACCCGGCUUCAAGGUCGAGAUCUCGUCACCGACCAUGGUGAGCAGCUCCCUGAUGCAUCAUUCCUCGCCCUCGCCGGACCUCCAGGCCACCUCCCCCAACGGGCUGCCCUCGCCUUUUCCCUGGUCGAGCCUGGAGCCCGGAUCACACGCGAGCGUGGCGUCCUUUGACAGCUUUGCCAUGCGCGCGCAGCAGGACGGCCACACCUCGAUGCGGCCCGGCUCUGUAGCCCCCGACUUCACCGACCCGAUGACAGGCCUGCCGCUGCCCAAGCCCAGCUUCUACCAGCAGGGCAACCGCGGCAGCCAGCUGUCGCUCAGCGACGUGGUGGGCGAGCGGCACGACAUGAAGCUGCAGAAGGUGGACCUGUCCUUCACAGACGCAAACGGCGAAUUCUUUGCCGAGUACCAGGAGAUGCUCGACGGCAUCACGGCCAAGAACUCGCACACCGACCUGUGCAUCGAGGAGUUCCUCAAGAAGAGCGAGAAGGAGUGGUUCAAGCGGUACCGCAACGCCAAGCUGGGCAUCGACAGCCGUGACGCGAGCCGCACGCGCAGCCCCAUGGGCAGGCGGCCCGAGAGCAGGGACGGCAAGCACAGGAACUCGUCCAUCGUCAGCAGGGGCCGGCCAAGGCAUCGCAGUAUUACUCCCCACAGUAUCAAUACGUAUAUGAGCACGGAAGCCGACUCACCGCGCGAAUUAGACGUUGACGAUGAAUUCUUGUUGGGUUCCGGUUACAAGGCGCCGACCGGGUUGAGGAAGUUCCUAUCGAUCCGCAUCGGAGAUUGGCCCAUCUACGCCUUCCUGAUGGCGCUCGGCCAGAUCCUGUCUGUCAACUCCUACCAAAUCACUCUGCUGACCGGCGAGGCCUCGCAGACCACCAACAAGCUGUACAUUAUCGGCUCCGUCUAUCUGGUCACCUCCAUCAUGUGGUGGCUUAUGGUCCGCAACUUCAAGUCUCUGUACAGCAUCGCCUUGCCCUGGGCCUUCUUCGGCCUGGCCUUUGCCUGCAUGGGAAUCACGGGUUUCAUCAGCGACUCUACCACACAGGAGACCGUGGAGCUGAUCGCUACUGUUCUGUAUGCGGCUGGUGCUAGUAGCGGCGGUGUCAUGUUUGCUCUGAACUUUGGUGACGAGGGUGGCUCUCCGACCAAGUCAUGGGUCCUCCGGGCCAUCUCCGUCGCCGGCAUCUCCCAGGUCUACACACUCAUGCUCUGGUACUGGGGAUCUCUCGUCGCAUUGUCUGAGGCUACUAUUACUGGCACCAUUGGCAACUCUGACGUGCCACUGGGCCUCGUGGUCUGCGUGCCCCUUGCUGUUGUCUUCUGGGUCAUCGGCGUUGUUCUCUUCCUCGGCCUUCCCGACUACUACCGCCAGUCGCCCGAGUCCAUCCCCGGCCUGUACAUCUCCCUGCUCCACAGAAAGCUCGUCCCUUGGUUCUUCGUCGCCAUCAUCAUCCAGAACUACUGGCUGUCCGCCCCCUACGGCCGCAACUGGGAGUUCCUCUUUGACAGCCAGUACCUCCCUGCCUGGGCCGCCGCCGUGUUGGCCCUGGGCUUCUUCGUCGGCCUGUGGAGCAUCGUCCUCUACGUCUUCAGCCUCUUCUCGGACGAGCACACCUGGCUCCUCCCCAUCUUCGCCAUCGGCCUCGGCGCCCCCCGCUGGGCCCAGAUGCUCUGGGGCUGCUCCGGCAUUGGCUGGUACGUCCCAUGGGUUGGCUCGGGUCUGGCCUCGGCCAUCCUCUCGCGCUGCCUGUGGCUGUGGCUCGGCCUGCUCGACGCCAUCCAGGGCGUGGGCUUGGGCAUGAUGCUGCUCGCCACGCUGACAAGACAGCACGUGCUUGCCGUGCUCAUCGGCACCCAGGCUGUUGGUGCCGCAGUGACUAUGCUGGCCAGGGCGACAAGCCCUAACCGCCUCGACGCCAACACCACCUUCCCCGACUUUAGCCAGGGCGCCCUCCCCGGCGCCGCCCAGAAGUGGUUCUGGAUCUGCCUUGCCUUCCAGCUUGUCAUUCCCUUUGGCUACUUCAAGUUCUUCCGCAAGGAGCAGGUCGCCAAGCCCUAAGGGCAGACUUGAGAACUUUCUACUACUCACUCCUGUUCUUUUACUCUCUUUCUUUUUCUCUUUGGGUUUUAUAUAUUGCUCACAGAAGAAAUAUUUUUUUUUGUGUUACCCACCUUAUAGGCAUCAGCGAAAGGUCACCUGGGCGUUCUCUUUCCUUUCAAACCUGGCAUGAAUGCGUCUUAUCUCUUGCGUCUUUGUUUAUUGUCUCUUUAUUGGAUUCUUGGAUAUGGAUUAUAGAUAAAAAAGAUCUUUCUAUUCAUGUCAUUUUGGCAUACAUCCAGUGGUAACUUACAAAGGCGGAUCAAUUAGGGGAGGAAGAGGCGCUUCGUGCUCUCCGGAUUACUUUGGGAGGCUAUACGAAUUAUUAUCUUAUAUACUGCACACGAGAUACCAAAUAUACCGCGCUUUACGCAAC